GCUUCGUGAACUCCUCGCUACCCACCUACUUCUCCUUCGCCUUCGACCUCCCCACCACCAACGCCCCUCCCAUCACCGAAAACCCCCCGCCGCCGCUCCCGGGCGCGACCCCCGCAACUGCAGCGCGUUCAGCCUGGAGUCGAGCCAGCUGUGCUACAGCUGCGAGUACUGCAAGGGCGGCGUGAUACAGCAGCUCAAGUCCGACUUCCUCACCGAGGCGUACUUCAGUGUGGGCGUGGCCAGUACCAUGCUGGUGGUGGCGUUUAUCAUGUGCUGCACGCAGUGCGGCCGGGGCAAGAGGGAUGAUGACAAGAGGCGGCUGCUGGACGACAGGAGCAGCAUCAGCAUGAGCCGCACCGCCAGCUUUCAGGGGCCCCACCUCAACCGCGUCAACACGUACCAGAGCCAAGGCGGGCCCCAGUUUAACCGCGUUAACACAUACCAGAGCCAGGGCGGGCCGGAAUUCAAUCGGGUGAAUACUUACCAGAGCUCUGGCGGGGAUCCGGAGUUCCAGAGGGCCAACACUUACCAAAGCGGCAGGGAUGGGUCGCAGUUUACCCGCCCCAUGUCGGGGCAGGGGCCCAGGCGCCCGAUGAAUCAGCAUCAGGGGUACGGGAGGAUCGGAGAAAUGCCAUCACCCCGAGACAGUGAUUACGGGAUGGACGAACCGGAUCUUUCGAGAAACAAGACCUGGAGUGGCAGCAACCCGCCUCCCAUGGAGGCAAGGACGCCGCGGGGAGGUGGGGGGAGAGGGAGAGGGAGGGGCCGUGGGAGGGGGCGGGCGGGUAGGGGAAGGGGAGGGAGGACACCUGAGCAAGGGGAAGGGCAUGUGCGAAGCGAGACCUGGGGAUCGGAGGGCGGCGGGAGGAGUGUGGGUCCAGAUGAGUACAUGGAAACGCCGCCACGCUCCCAGGAGAGACCGCAAAGCUCUCCAAGACCAGUGGCACCUCCACAGGGGGCACCUCCACCCAUGGCACCUGAACCAGUGGCACAUCAACACGAGGAUGAAGAUGUGGAGGCACAAGCAGGCACUAACAUAGAUCUGUACGACUAGUCACUUGUGGAUUGGUUGUUUGUUGGGCGGGGCUUAAUGCGUUUGGGAGUAGAUAACACGGGAUUUCUCAUAUGGUAAAUCAGACGAUCAUGCUUCGUUUUGCUCUUGUAUAAGG